AUGAACAAGCAAAAGUCCACUGAACCGAUCCGAUUGAAGCCAAUCCUAUUGCCAUCGCCACCACGUUUACCAACUAAUCAAACAACACCCAGUAGUCAAUUGGGUUGUUCUGGCUUGGGUGGCUGGGUUGAAUUUUGUGCAACGCUACCGAUACAUAGCACCUACUUGGCCGAAAGGUUGAAGCGAGGUCCUACAGACCUCAUUCCACCACUGUUAGGCAUGGGCGGUGUUGCUUUAGUCGUCAAGGCCAUGCUCGUUCCCGUCAUAGAUACCCUGGGGAUAGCGCACUCCCUCUUCCCUUCUCUCUUCCAGAUGAAAUCCUCUUCGCCACGGUACUGCCCAUAUACAAAGCCCGGCACAUCGUCACCUGUCUCACUACCGUCUAUCAAUACCGUACUGCCGCCAUCGUCACCGUAUUCCACUCCCGUUUCACCGUCGACCAGUGGUUACUGUACAUUCAGUCCCGAGUCCGGUACCGUUACACCACUGUCUCAACCACUUUUUAUACAAACUGAUGAUUCCUACUGAUCACACGUACGGUAUCGUUUACCUGAUACAGCCCUUUGCAGUUCUAUGGUCACGGUAUACAAUCUCACAUCGAUGUAA